AUGGCUUCCAAGACUAUAGCAUUUUUCUUUGUUCAAAUUGUAAUGUUCAAUGUGGCAUUUACCCAAGUACUGAAUCGGGUAAUACCAAACAUCGGUAACAUACUACCAAUAGGCGAAACAAUUAUUCCUAAUCAACUACUACUGAACCAACUUGCUCCUAACCUUAUACCGGUUGCCCCUAACCUAAUCAACUACGAGGUUCCAAGCUACGUAGACACAGUACUAUCCAGCCCCGUAACUGUGCCUUCACCCACAAUAAUCCAGGACAGCACGGUUGCUAACAAUUUAGCGAACGCCUUACAAUUAUUGGUUGUCAGCAACCUGUUGCGUAACACAUUGCCGACUAUGGGUGAAGUUGUUGCCCCUAAUUACGCAGCGCCAAUAGAAGUGGUGUCCCCGGUUACAGUUGGAGGGCUGCCUGGUUACAAUUACGUUUAUUAA